AUGGACGCGAUAGAGUUAGCUCUUCGUAAAUGUCUACACGUUCUUGUCUCAUCAAAUACAAUUACUGAACGAAAGAGAAAUGUAGAAACAUUUAUUGAAUUACUUAAAGAUAAUCGAAUACAUGAUUUACUUGAUAAUGAACAUCAAGAGGAAAAUACCACAAAACGUUCAAUAACAUGGAAUGAAAUAUUUACUACUAUUCGAGAAUAUACAAUUAAUGAAUUAGCCAAUAUUCGAACAAAAUCAACAAAAAUUUUAUCAUCGGAUGUCAAAUAUCAAGAAGCAAUUAAAUUAUUUAAAGCUCUGAUAGAAAAUGCUAAUGCACGUGCUCCUGAACUUGAUGCUCGUUCUCUUAUUGAAUCAAUUAUUUCAAUAAUAACUAGUGAAGUUUGGUUAUCAUGUGCAAUUAUCAUCAAAGAACUAAGUCAUUUAUUAAUUAAUAAUGUUCUUUGUUAUCAUAAAUAUAUUAAUGAAUUACGUGAACAAGAAUGGAUUGAUUUAUGUACAUUAUAUAUGUCAUUAUCAAAAAAUCAAAAUAAAUCAUUUUAUGAAAGUGAUCAAGCACUUUAUAGUUCAUAUUUAAAAUUUAUAAUAGAAAAAUUAGUUAUUUAUAAUGAUUUAGAUUUAAAUAAAUCAACUAUUCGAAAAGAUUUAUUUUAUUUUUUUCAUAUUGAAAUUGAACAAUUAAAAAAUUCUAAUCAUUUUUCUGUUAUUGAAAAUUUACUUUGUUCACUUAAUUCUUGGUCAUUUAAAUAUUUAUUUGAUAUGCCUGAUGAAGUUUAUCAUUUGGCUAAUGAACUUUUACCAUCAUUAAUUGAUAUUUGGAGACGAAAAUGUAGUGAUAAGCCAAAAACAGAAAUUAUUAAAUUUAUUCGUUUACAAAUAAGUCUUCAUCAUCCUUAUCAUAGAAAAAGUAUUUUAGAAAUAUGUGAUGAGAUUUGGAUGAAAAAUCUUCGAGAUAUAAAUGAUUUAUUAUUGAGAGAUAUUGAUGAAAUUUGUCAUAAACAACGUUCAAAUAAUCGACAAAAUCAAAAUGAAUUUAUAAUUCGUUCUGAUUUACUUCAUUUAGCAAGUAGUGUAUUUUAUCAGCUUUCUUUAAAUAAAGUUUUAAUUAAAACUGAAUUAAUGGAUACUAAUAAUAAUAAUGACAAUGAUGAUGAUUUAAUUGAACCUAGUUCAAAACGAGCACGUUAUGAACAUUCAAUGUCAAUAUCAACAAAUAUAGAUUUACAAAUGAAAUCUUUUCAAAAUUUAUUUCAAUCAAUUGAUUCUUAUCAUCAAGCUGUUGGUUUUCAAAUAGUUUCGUUACAACUUGAACGAAAUAUGAUAUUAUCUUCAACAGAUUGUGAUUAUUAUAUGAAUGUAAUUAAACGAUUUUUAAUCGAUGAACGAAGGCCAUCACUUUUAGUGAAUGCUCUUCGUUGUCUUUAUCUUCUUUUGACUCAUACAUCACAUUGUCAAUUAACAUCUGAUUUAAUUAUAUUAAUUCAACCAUUAAUUCAUAUUCCAAUAUGUGAAUCAUAUGUAAUAGAAAUUCUGUCAAAUAAAAAUUUAUCUCUUUCACAUUUAUAUUCAUGUUCAUCAAUAACUUCACUUAAAUAUAUAUUUCAUUAUUUAACACUUUAUCCAAAUAAUCAAUAUUCAUUAGAUGAUGAAAAUAAAUUGAUUAAUAAAUUGCUACCUGAUUUAAUAUCUUUAUAUCGUAAUAAUGAACAUGAUUUAUCAAUAUUUUUUUCAUCUUAUUCACCUGAAUAUACACAUAUAUGCGCAUUAAUUCUUAUGCAAUUUAGUUCAUUUGAUAUAAUACCAAAUCAAUUAUUUAAAAAUAAGAAAAAAUUAAAUAAAAAUGAAUUUGAUCAAAUUGAAUUUGAAUGGUCUCGAUUAAAAUUACUUAUUCCUAUUCAUGAAAAAGAAGAAGAACAAGAACAAGAAGAAAUUCAAUUAGAUUUUUAUUCAAAAAUCAAUACAUGUGAAUUAAAUUUAGAUAUCUUUAAACGUAUUAUAGAAAUCUAUGAAAAAAAUGUUCGAUUUAUUCAACAAUUAAAAGAUAAACAUUUAGGCGAACGUUAUAAAUUAAUUCUUCAUUUUUCAUUUCUUGGUAUUUAUAUGCUUCAUAUACUUCAAAUAUAUUUUACUAAAACAAUACAUAAUAAUAAAGAAAUAAUAAGAUUUAUUGAAACAAUACAAAUUAUAUUCAAUGAAUUAACUGAUGAAACAAAUUUUUUAUAUACAAAAAAUCAAGAAAUUCCAUUUGUUAAUGAUUUACUUGAACAUAUUCAAAAUUCUAUUUAUUUAACAUCUACUUCAUCUUUACUUCAACCUAUUUUACCUUCAUUAAAUAAAAUUCCAUCUAUUCUUUAUGGAUUUCUUGAUGCUAAAUUUCUUUCAUAUUUAUAUAAUUUUUCAAUACAAGAAAUAUCAAAAAAGAAAUCAACUGAUAUUGAAGGUAUUCAAUGUCCAAUAGAUAAUCUAUCUGAUGAUAAAUUAUCAUUAAUACAAGCAUUUGAAAUAAUUCUUCUUCUUUGUUUUCAAGCAUUAUAUGAUGAACAAUAUAUUUCGAAUUCAUUUUUAUUAAAAUAUUGUUUAAAUUAUGAAUCAAAUAUAAAUAUAUUAAUACGUAUUCUUGAAGAAAAAAUUUAUUUAUAUUUAGAAGAACUUUCUUUACCAGAUCCAAUAUCAUAUCAAUAUAUAAAUAAAUUUUUAUGUCAUAUAUGUUUAAAUAAAUUUCAAUAUUAUUUAAAUAUUCGUCAAAAUGAUUUUGAAUAUAUAAUAAAUUUAUUUUCUCAAUCAUUUCGUAUUUAUCGUCGUGAUAUAUUAUUAUGUCAAAGAUUUAUUUAUUUAUUUUAUUUAUUUAUGAAAAUAUUUUAUAAAAAAAUACGAGAAAAAUUAUUAACAAAUGAAAAUUGGUUACAUAUGAAAAAAAUUAUUGAUGCUUUUUGGCAAAUGACAAUAAAUAAAAAUAUUUUAGUAAAUAAUCAUAUAAGAAAAUUCAUAAUAAAAAUAAAACAAAUUUUUAUGAAUGAUGAACAAAUAACAUAUGAUGAUAUACAAAUAAUUUUAAAUGAUUCAUCAUAUUUUAUACGUUUAGAAGCAAAUAAACUUUGUUUAAAUUUAUUUUAUGAAAAUAAUUUAAAUCAAUUAAUAAAUAUUAAUUCACAAAAUUACAAUGAAAAUAUUGAUGAUCGAUCAAGUUUAGGAAUAUUUCUUGGUCAAAGAGAAAUAUCAUCAAAUAAUUUUUUAUAUAAUAAUCAAUAUCGUUUAAAAUCAUCUAAUGAACAAAAACAAAUUUAUCAAUAUUUAAUAGAAAAAAAUUCAUCAUCAAUAUUACUUCUUUAUUAUUUAUCAAAUAUAAGUGAAUAUUUAUUACGUCAAAUAAGUUUUCAUUUAAUUGAAUUUGUUUUAAAAAAUCAAUUAUCAAAACAUAUUAUUAAACAUAUACUUCAAAAUAUUCCUAUUGAAUUAAUUAUACAAUAUUGGCAUAAACAAUCAUUAUAUAAACUAAAAGAUUUUCCAUGGGAAUAUUUUAAUAGUAAUUCUAUUGAACAAUAUCAUUCAUAUUUAUUUUCAACAUAUUUUCUUUCAUCAUUAACACAUCGUCAACAACUUGAUUCAAUAUUUCAUAAUAUAAAAUCUUCAUUAAUUGAUUAUUUUCCACAAUUACAAGCAUAUAUAUUACCAUUAUUAGCUAAUAAAAUUGAUGAUUAUAAACAAGCAGAAGAACAUCGACAAUUAAUUGAAAAAAUUAUUACAAAAAAUGAAUAUAAUCGUUUAAUGAAACAAAAAUUAACAAUGAUUAUAUUACAUCUUUUAUUAACUUAUUUGAAUAAUGAAGAAAAUGAAUUUUAUGAUAAAUGGUUACCAGAACCAAUAUUACCUGCUUAUACUUGGUCAAUAUUAAGAAAUACAUUUGAUUAUAUUAAACAAAUAAUGAAUACAAAAACAUUUUCUGAACUUUUAAUUAAAUCAGCAGACAUCUGCGAAAUUCUUCUUCAUUUAUCAUCAAAUCUUUUUUCAACAAAUUCUAUUCAUGAACAACUCCGUCUACUUAAUGUAUUCUCAUUAUUUCUAAAUGAUAUACUCUUAAAUUCUCUAGAUAAUGAUUAUUUACAUAGUAUAUUACGUGAUUCAACUUAUAUUUUAUUACGAUAUAUUGAAAAAAAUAGUCAAAAAAAACUAUUAAAAAUUUAUCAACAAGAAUUAAAUGAUAAAAUUCUAAAUAUAAUUUGUAAACUUCUUCAUCAAUUAUGUAUAAAAGGACUUAAUUUUGAUUCAUUAAUUUAUAUUCAUCAUAUACCAGAUAUCGUUUCAACAUUAAUUAAUUAUGAUCAACAUUUAACAAAAGAACGUAUACAAAUAAUUUUAAUCCAUAUCUAUCAAGUUAUUAAACAUAAUAAUGAUUCAAUAUAUAUUUUUAUGUCUUAUGCCAUUGACAAAUUGGGAUAUUUAACAAAUGACAUCAAGAAAAAACAUCAAACGAUAACAAUCUCUCAUUAUUUUUCAUAUCUUGCUCAUCAUCGUUCAUCAUUACCAGUGAAAUGGAUAUUAGAAAUGUUUCAUAAUCAUUUAGAAAACGAACGUUUAACAACUUCUUCGUAUUCACUUGAUAUAGAUCCAUCAAUAAUAUUUUUUAUUAAACAACAAUUAAUUGAUUGUAUAACAUUAAAACAAAAUCAUAUUUUAGCUGGUAAAUGUUUAUCAAAAUGUUCAUUAUUUUUAAUAAAUAAUAAUCAAGAAAAUCUUGACAAUGAUCAAUAUGAACAAAUACCAUUAUGGAUUAUUGAUGAUUUAAUUAUGUUUUAUUUAAUUGAUAAAGAACAAUCGAUUGUUGAAUGUACACGUUAUACAUUAAAAAUAAUUUUAAAUCAUUCAAGUGGACAAGAACUUUAUCAAAAAAAUAUUAAAAAUAAUUUAAUAGAAAUUUAUUCAAAACCAUUUUUAUCUCAAAUAAAUUUUCCAUUAAAAAUUCAAACAAAUAUAAAUUCAUUAUCCAAUCCAUGGUUAAUAACUUCAUUUGAUACAUGGUUUAUUUCAUUAAUUAAUUAUUUAUUAAAACAAAUUGAAUAUUAUUAUAUAGAAAAAAAAGAAAUUGGACAUCCAUGUGCAUUUAUAUUUAUUCAAUUAAAACAAUUAAUACAAUUAAAAAUUGAUUUAGGAAAAAAAUUAUUUCCACAUUUAAUUUAUUGUUUAUUAUUACUUCCAAUUAAUUUAAAUAUUCGUCAAUUAUUAACAGAAAAUUUUACUUUUCUUCUUGAACAAUUACUUAAUAAUAAAUUUGAAAAUAAUUUUACUUAUAUUCAAAUAGCAAAAAUUUUCUUUCGUACAAUUAAUUUUUUAAGACAAUGUCCAAUUGAAAAUUUAAAUAAAAGAAAUGCUGGAAAAAAUUUAUUUCUCAAUUUUGAAAAUCAUUUUUGGUUAGAUAUUGAUUAUUUUCAAUUAGCUAAAUGUGCAUCUAAAUAUCAAUGUUAUCAAUCGGCUAUUAUUUAUACUGACAUUUGGACAACAAAACAAAGAUCAAUUUUACCAGCUAAUAAUUACUUAACACAUUUAUAUUAUUCUGAUAUUGAUAUGUUAUCUUCAUCAUCAGAUUUAAUAGAUUUAUUUGUUCGUAUUAAUUCAAAUAUGAAUCAAUCUGAUGAAUUUUAUGGUCUAGAUAAAUGUUUUCAAAAUCGUCCAAAUCUAUAUGGAGAAUUUAAUCAAUUAAAUAAUAAUUAUUAUGAUUCAUUAUUUUAUUAUGAUCAAGCAGCAUUAACAAUAGAUUCAUCAAAAUUAAUUCAAUCAUUACGUUUAUGUGGUUUUAAUCAUAUACUUGAACAAUAUUUACAUCAAAUAUCAUCAUUAUCUGAUCCAAUAUUUUAUCGUAUUCAAUUAACAUCAUUAUUAACUGAACAAAAUAAAUUAACACAAUGGAAAAUACAUCAUGAACAAUCAUCAAAUUCUAUACGAGAAAAUAUUUUAUCAAUAAUACAACGACAAAUACGUAUUCCAUCAUCAUCAAUACCACAAUUAAUUGAUCAUAAUCUAUGGUCAAAUGUUUCUGAUUUACGUGAAUAUUCUUUAAUUAAUAUUAUUGAUGAUAUUACAAUGAAUUAUCAAAAUCCAAAAAUAUUAUCAAAAAUUUGGAUGAAUCAAUUUAAUAAUCAAAUAAAAGAAGAUAUGUUCGAUCAAAAUGAUGAAAUUUUAUUAACACGUGUAGCUAUGACACAUAAAUUAUUAUUACAUAAUAUUAAUGAAGAUACAGAAAAUCGAAAUAUUAAACAAACACUUUUAGCAGAUCUUGUUACACAAUUAUGUCAAAAUGCAUUGAAUUCAAAAAAACUUCAAUUAUGUGAUCGAUAUUUAAGUGAUUUAUCUCCUUUAAUCGAAUCAUCAUAUUCUCAUGAAUUAUCUUUUCUUCGUGCUAAAGUUCUUGUUCUUCGUCAACAAGAUACAGCCGGUGAAUAUCUUCGACAAUUAAUUGAAUCUCCAUUACCUGAUUUAACACAUAUUCGUUGUCGUUUAUUAUUAUGUGAUUGGCUUAAUGAAACUCGAUGUGAAACAUCAACAACAAUUAAACAACAACUUGAUAUAAUAUCAAAUUCAAUUAAAAAUUUAGAUAAAUCAUCAUUAUCACUUAUAUUUGAAUCUUAUUUAGCUAUGGCACAUUUUAGUGAUAAUGAAUAUCAACGUUUAAAUCAAUUAUUUCAUUCACCAAUGUUUGAAAAUAAACGUUUAUUAAUAACACGUAAUCAAAUUGAAUAUAAUAAACAAGAAAAAUUAGAUCCAUUAGGACGUUAUACAAAAGUUUUAAAACGUAGUUUAGAUAUGGAUAAAAAAGAAAUUGAUGAACAAAAAAAAUUACAAUAUAGUUAUUUAAUAUCAACAUUAAAUAAUUAUUUAAUAUGUUUAAAAUUAUUUUCUAAUGUAUCAAAUAUAGAACAAACAAAUCAAAUUAUAUCACGAGAUAUUAUUAAAAAUAAUUCUGUAUCUGAAAUAAUGAUUACAUCAAAAUGUCUUUCAUAUUGGUUUACAAAUUCAAAUAAUGAUGAAGUUAAUAAAACAUUAAAAAAAAAUCUUUCAUAUAUAUCAACAUAUUUUUUCUUACCAUUUGUUUAUCAAAUGGCAGCAAGAAUGGCUUUAACAAAUGAUAAAUUAUCAUUAUCAUUUCAUACAAUUCUUUUAGAAUAUUUAUCACGAUGUAUUAUUGAUCAUCCACAUCAUGUUUUACCUGUUAUAUUUGCACUUACUAAUGCUCAUAAAGAUGCACAUAUUAAUCAACAACAAUCAUCAUCAACUACAACAAAAAAAUCAAAUACUAUAGGAAUUAUUCAAUUAAAUAAUGAAAUAAAUAAUGAUGCUCGUUCACGUGCUGCACAAUAUUUAUUAGAUGAAUGUACAAAAGUUAAACCACAACUUGUUGAUCAAAUGAGAAAAUUAAAUGAUGCUUAUAUUGAAGCAGCUUAUUGGGAUGUAACACCAACAAAAAAUGAUCAACAAGGAAAAGAUACGAAUGGAAAAAAUCCAACAUUUCCAAAACAUCUUCGACUUAUGCAUAUUAAAGAUUUUCAUGAAGUUGUUGUACCUACAAUAACUAUACCUGUUGCUAAUGAUGGUAUUUAUAAAAAUAUUGAAACAAUUAAAAAUUUUAAUUCAGAAUAUGCGAUGGUUGGUGGUGUUAAUGCACCAAAAAAAAUCUUAUGUCAUAGUUCAACUGGUCGACAAUUAUCUCAAUUACUUAAAGGAAAAGAUGAUUUAAGACAAGAUGCUGUUAUGCAACAAUUAUUUACUGUUGUUAAUCGUUUAUUAGAUAAAGAUGAUCUUACAUGUCAUCGAUCACUUAAUAUUCGAACAUAUAAAGUUGUUCCACUAACACAAAAAAGUGGAGUGUUAGAAUGGUGUGAAGGUACAAUAACAUUUGGAGAUUAUUUAACAAAAGUACCUGAUGGUGCUCAUCCACGUUAUCAUCCAGAUGAUUGGACAGCUAUGGAUUGUCGACGACAUAUACAUAAAAGUACAAAUUCUGGUAAAGAUGAACGUAUACGUACAUUUAUGCAUGCAUGUUCAAAAUUAAGACCAGUAUUUCGAUAUUUCUUUUAUGAAUAUUAUAAUAAACCAAAUAUAUGGCAUAGAAAAAAACAAGCUUAUGCAAAAAGUGUAGCAACAUCAUCAAUUGUUGGAUAUAUUGUUGGACUUGGUGAUCGUCAUGUACAAAAUAUUUUAAUUGAUACACAAACAGCUGAAGUUAUUCAUAUAGAUUUAGGUGUUGCUUUUGAUCAAGGAAAAAUGUUACCAAUACCUGAAACUAUUCCAUUUCGAUUAACACGUGAUAUUAUUGAUGGUCUUGGUAUAUGUGGUACAGAAGGUCUUUUUAAAAAAAGCUGUGAAAUAACUCUUGAAUUAAUGCGUCAAUAUGCAGAUACAUUAAUAACAAUAAUUGAAGUUUUUCUUUAUGAUCCACUUUAUCAAUGGCAAUUAUCACCACAAAAAGCAUUACAACUUCAACAACAAUUUGAUAAAACAAGUGAUUCUGUAGCAUCAUCUUUAAAUCGAUCCUCUGGAAAAGGAAAUAUGCUACAAUCAUCUUCAUCUUCAACAUCUUCAAAUACUGGAGGAGAAUCUGUUACAACAGAUACAAAUAAAAUGGCUGAACGACUUCUAUUAGGUCUUCGACAAAAGUUACAAGGAGUUGAACGUCUCAAUCAAAUGACUAUUAAAGCUCAUGUUAACAUGUUAAUACAAGAAGCAACAAGUAUAGAAAAUUUAUCACAAUUAUUUGCCGGUUGGCAACCCUACUUAUAA